AUGGCGUUCUGUACAGGUUCUCCUGAGCCCAAAGCCUCGCCAACGAUGGCCGCAGCUACCAAUUUUUCAAAAAAGACCAUUUUUACUUCACCUCAGCGAGACCAAAGUCGUGGAAAUAUAUUGCAUUCCAGACCAUCCAUACUCGGCCUCUUUGAAAGGCCUGAUUUGUACAGUAACCGAGCUGGGGUGGUUCGGCCCGAGCUGGCUCAUUGGCGGUUCGAGUCCCACUGGCACUGCCGGGAAGGCAUCAAAGCUGCGGUCGCCCACGUGCGUCGCCCGGGAAAUGGUGGAAUGGCUUUCGGUUUCGGUAACACUGCCAUCGAAUGGAUCGUAUAA